AUGAGUGCGCCCAAGAGGACGACGACGGUCGCCACCCUCGGUCGUGUCUUGUUUCUUUACUCGAUUGCUUUGUUGUCUGCGUGUUGCAUUACGUUCACUCCCUCGUUCGUUCACGCCGGCGAUUCUAAUGAUUUUGAUUACUCGUUGACAAAAACGACCGAAGUUCACGACAGAGGACAAAGUCUGGAACGACAUAAUAAUCAGAGCCUCGAAUCGCAACGCGAAUCGCAACGUCGGGAGAAGCACACAGACACGUUUGUGUACGACAGAAAGGUCUUUGAAAAAGCGAUGGCAGAGCAAAAGAAGAAAAAUUCUUUACCAUCUUUGCAUUCGCCAAAGUUUAAAAUGGCCGAACUCGGAGCUACUCGCCUCGACAUCGGGGACGUUCAUACCAACGGAAAGGGCACUGGCGGUCUCGGCGUUUGCGAAGGCGAUUGCGACAAAGAUUCCGAUUGCGGAAUUGGUCUGAUGUGUUUUCAGCGCGGCGGAAACGAGCCUGUUCCCGGGUGUUCGGGAACCCCGAAAUCGGGGUGGGAUUAUUGCGUGCCUAUAAAAGCCUUGGACUCUUCUCGCAAUGGAGGAACCGGCUAUGGUAUGUGCGAAGGCGAUUGCGACCAUGAUUCCGAUUGCGAUGCCGGUCUCAAGUGUUUCCAGAGAGAUGGAUAUUCGAGUGUUCCCGGGUGUUCGGGAAAGGGUAAACAAAAUUAUGAUUAUUGCACAAAUGUUGGCGUGAAAGCCUUGGACUCUUCUCGCAAUGGAGGAACCGGCUAUGGUAUGUGCGAAGGCGAUUGCGACAAAGAUUCCGAUUGCGAUGCCGGUCUCAAGUGUUUCCAGAGAGAUAAAUUCGAGAGUGUUCCCGGGUGUUCGGGAAAGGGUAAACAAGAUUAUGAUUAUUGCAUCGAUAAAAAGUACGUAGUUGAUUUGACGAAUAAUUUGGGCACAAACUCUUACGGCAUGUGCGAGGGUGAUUGCGACAAGGACUCUGAUUGUCAAUCGGGCUUGACCUGUUUUCAAAGAGAUGGCGAUGAGCCUAUUCCUGGAUGCUAUGGAUCUGGGCAAACAGGGCAUGAUUAUUGCGUGGCUGUGAAAGCCUUGGACUCUUCUCGCAAUGGAGGAACCGGCUAUGGUUUGUGCGAAGGCGAUUGCGACUAUGAUUCCGAUUGCGACGCCGGUCUUAGAUGUUUCCAGAGAGAUGGAUAUGAGAGUGUUCCCGGGUGUUCGGGAAGUGGUAAAAAAGGGUGGGAUUAUUGUUAUCAGGCGACACCGCUACCUCCUAUUUCCCAACCGAAGGUUUCUAUUUCCAAUAAAGCCAAUCGAGUUGCUGACUUACAGUUUGAUUUUGGCAUCAAAGUCGAACACACUUUGUGUUCGGGACCCUCUUGUUUUUCGGAUGAUAUAUCAACCAAUUCCAACGUUCAGAUUAAAAGAAGGGAACCAUACGAUAAAGGCUAUGGAAUUAAAUGUCAAGUAUACGUCCGUGAUUCGCAAAGUUGCACCUAUGCGAAUGCAGGUGAGCAUCUGCCUUGUCUCAAGUGGGAUAAUUUCCGCGAUGUUUCGAAAUCAUCCGAUUUGAAGAAAUUUCUCAGUCUCCUGGAUAAAGACCAGAAACAUGCACCCGGUAAGUACGAUAUUGUGUAUAAUUGCUUCUGGAAAACAUCUUCCAGCGAUACGAGUGCCGUAGCUGCAUCAUCGACUGGCUGGAAGUCUUUGCAUUCAUUCACAGUCGUUGAAGAUUGUGCAGAUUGGCUUCCAUCAAAAGUAGAGAAGAAAUCUACCAUUGCGCGGUUGUUUGUCUCUGGAGCACCCGAAUUUCUCGCGGCAGACUGUGCAAAACUCGAUAUCGCGAAGGAAGCUAUUUUUCGAGCGCAUGAUACUAACCCCAUGGAUGGUAAACUAUCUUAUGAAGAGCUUUUCGAAGCUUUUACAAAACACGACAUGGACACGAAUUAUUUGAAAUAUCUUCAAAAGAGCAAUUAUUUUGAAAGUACUGGUGUUUCGUUGAAUGAUGUAGUACAUUCUGCGGCCAUACCUUUGAGAUGCCAGGAUGCCACCUCAUCGAAGCCCGACAUUUAUAUUACUGAUAUAACGUAUCCGACUGCCAAAACUGUCAAAGAUGAAUGCAAAAUUCAAAAAGAAAAUGUCAAGUUGGAAUGGGAUUACAACAAGAUGCCUUCUAGUGGCGAUUUUCAGUGCGUUUAUGUUGAUGGUCGUCUUUACAAAAAAUUGAAAACAGAAGCAGGAACAACCGCCGCGACUGAGCUGGAGGACAUCCGGCCUUCUUCAAGCGUAGGUCCGAGUGCAGUACGACUUAUGACACAUUUAACGUUUGAGGGUGGCAGUUACAAGAAUUUGGUGGAUGGUUCCGGUCCCUCUAGUGCGGUUGCGGGGACCACGUUAUCCACGUAUGCGUGCGGGAGUGGUAUUUCAUGCUUAAGACGUACUAGCUCGGGCGAUGAUUAUAUCAUGGAGAAUCAGCCUUUGAUGCACUCAUCCGCAAUAAUGACUUGGGUUCGUAUUGAGCAAACCUCUUUUCCGUCGAGUACUACGACCUCGUCCGUUGCGCCUAUUUGGUUCUCUCAGGGGCCCUCGAAAGAUAGUAGGUACCAGAAACUUUUCGGCAUCAAAAAGGGUUCGAGAACUCUUUUUGCUAAAUACUUCAACGAAGAACUAAGUUCCAGCACAGCUUUAUCUUACGACAAGAUGCAUCACGUAGCGAUGGUAUUAAAUAAAGAGAAUGGUCUUACUCUAUUUCUAGAUGGUGUUCCAGUUGCUCAUAAAUCCAUGGUUCGAAAUACCGACAUCGAUUUUGAAGUCUCGACGAGAGCAAAAGUUCUCGGUACAAACGCAGUUUAUGACGAUUUUCGAAUUUUCACCGGCGUUGUUACUCCUUUGCACGUUAAAGCAGUUUUUCAAUGCGGUCAUUCUACGGCAUGUGCCGCUCUUGCAUAUGCAGAGCCACAGUCCAGACGUAUCUACUGCAUCAUUCCAAACUAUGCACAAAAAUCUAAAAAGGUGGCGUUUGUACCGCCGUGUUCAACUGGUCUGUUUUUUAACGGUGCGGCUAUUGACCUUCGAAUGAUUCCCGACCAGAAAGGAAUUCUUUUCUCAUUCAGAGAUACUGCACUGGGUGAACUUGGAUUUGAAGUCUUACGACAACUUUCUGACGUGGAUUCUGAUGGUGCGUCGUCGAGCGAACCGGAGGCUGUGGUCUUGAUCGAUUCAUACGUGGAUGGAUGUGCUUUGAAGUAUAGUCCUCUCUCUUUCUUUGAUGACGCGGCAAUAAAGAUGCCAGGUUAUGUCUGGGAAUAUUCUAUUCGAACCAAGUUUGAUAAUGGAGCUCAAAAUACUUCUGAUCCAUUCCUCUUUACCACUCCCUGGUUCGGUAUUGUUGAGGGCCUUAUCUUUGCGGGUAAAUCGGCAGUUCCAGUGCGAAAUGUCCGUGUUUGUGCGAGAAUAAAAAAUUCGACUUAUCCGUCCUCUACUUUGGAAGCAGGCGCGCAGAAACAAGAUUUAGCUGCAUAUGCGAGUGUGUGGCACUCCAAUCAGAACGACAUCGGUGUGCGCUCUUCUGCCUUCAAAGCCACGGAUCGAGACUCAAAAUCACGUGUCACCAUUCGAGAUCAAGAGUGGAUGAACAUUACACUUGGCAAAUUUUCUUCCAUAUCCAAAAUUAAUGUCUGUUACGACUUAUCCUUGGACUCUUCUCGCGAUGGAGGAACCGGCUACGGUAUGUGCGAAGGCGAUUGCGACCAUGAUUCCGAUUGCGAUGCCGGUCUCAAGUGUUUCCAGAGAGAUGGAUAUGAGAGUGUUCCCGGGUGUUCGGGAAAGGGUAAAAAAGGGUGGGAUUAUUGCACAAAUGUUGGCGUGAAAGCCUUGGACUCUUCUCGCAAUGGAGGAACCGGCUAUGGUAUGUGCGAAGGCGAUUGCGACAAAGAUUCCGAUUGCGAUGCCGGUCUCAAGUGUUUCCAGAGAGAUAAAUUCGAGAGUGUUCCCGGGUGUUCGGGAAAGGGUAAAAUAAAUUAUGAUUAUUGCAUCGAUAAAAAGUACGUAGUUGAUUUGAAGAAUAAUUUGGGCACAAACUCUUACGGCAUGUGCGAGGGUGAUUGCGACAAGGACUCUGAUUGUCAAUCGGGCUUGACCUGUUUUCAAAGAGAUGGCGAUGAGCUUAUUCCUGGAUGCUAUGGAUCUGCGAAGAAGGGUUCUGACUAUUGCGUCCCACAGGAAAAGGCGGCCUUCGAUUUUAGCGUCAGGUUGAUGGAUUUUCCAGAUCCAGGAAGUGAAGGAGAAACCGGUGCGGAGUGCGUCCUGAAUGUGAACAGCACGACGGGCGCAGCACUCACCGAGCGAUCAGGUACGGCAAUAUGUCAAUCGUACCGAUGCGCAGGAACAUCGACUUCAACUUAUCUUGGCCAGUACAUUACCCUUAAAUCACAAGGGGGCAAAAUUACUACGAUAACUGAAGUGGAAGCGAUGGGUGUAGAGAUUGACUGCCCUUACUCGGCGUAUUCCGAUGACGACGGUAACUUCGAAAUUGAAGUUAUAGACGCGUCGGGAAGACCGAGUCGAAAAACACACGUUGGCGUUUUACCAUAUAAAGCUGAUAUUUUUGACCGCACUGACGUUCGUAUUAUGGUGGCAAAGGAGGAUACGGAUCCAGAAGCCUUUCUUGUUGCUCUUAAUAUAGACAAGUCCGUGUACAAGUCGCAGUACAAUGCCGAAAAGCAUCGAGGACCCCUCUUAGACUCUUCUCGCAAUGGAGGAACCGGCUAUGGUAUGUGCGAAGGCGAUUGCGACAAAGAUUCCGAUUGCGAUGCCGGUCUCAAGUGUUUUCAGAGAGAUAAAUUCGAGAGUGUUCCCGGGUGUUCGGGAAAGGGUAAAAUAAAUUAUGAUUAUUGCAUCGAUAAAAAGUACGUAGUUGAUUUGAAGAAUAAUUUGGGCACAAACUCUUACGGCAUGUGCGAGGGUGAUUGCGACAAGGACUCUGAUUGUCAAUCGGGCUUGACCUGUUUUCAAAGAGAUGGCGAUGAGCUUAUUCCUGGAUGCUAUGGAUCUGCGAAGAAGGGUUCUGACUAUUGCGUGGCUGUGAAAGCCUUGGACUCCUCAUCGAGAAAGUUGCUGACGAUGGAUGCAGGGAAAUUGGACCUAGCAGAUCUCGGUGCUGCGGAUAAACCCCUCUUAGACUCUUCUCGCAAUGGAGGAAGCGGCUAUGGCGUUUGCGAAGGCGAUUGCGACAAAGAUUCCGAUUGCGGAAUUGGUCUGAUGUGUUUUCAGCGCGGCGGAAACGAGCCUGUUCCCGGGUGUUCGGGAACCCCGAAAUCGGGGUGGGAUUAUUGCGUGCCUAUAAAAGCCUUGGACUCUUCUCGCAAUGGAGGAACCGGCUACGGUAUGUGCGAAGGCGAUUGCGACAAGGAUUCCGAUUGCGAUGCCGGUCUCAAGUGUUUCCAGAGAGAUGGAUAUGAGAGUGUUCCCGGGUGUUCGGGAAAGGGUAAAAAAGGGUGGGAUUAUUGCACAAAUGUUGGUGUGAAAGCCUUGGACUCUUCUCGCGAUGGAGGAACCGGCUACGGUAUGUGCGAAGGCGAUUGCGACAAAGAUUCCGAUUGCGAUGCCGGUCUCAAGUGUUUCCAGAGAAAUAAAUUCAAGAGUGUUCCCGGGUGUUCGGGAAAGGGUAAAAUAAAUUAUGAUUAUUGCAUCGAUAAAAAGUACGUAGUUGAUUUGAAGAAUAAUUUGGGCACAAACUCUUACGGCAUGUGCGAGGGUGAUUGCGACAAGGACUCUGAUUGUCAAUCGGGCUUGACCUGUUUUCAAAGAGAUGGCGAUGAGCCUGUUCCUGGAUGCUAUGGAUCUGCGAAGAAGGGUUCUGACUAUUGCGUGGCUGUGAAAGCCUUGGACUCUUCUCGCAAUGGAGGAACCGGCUAUGGUAUGUGCGAAGGCGAUUGCGACAAAGAUUCCGAUUGCGAUGCCGGUCUCAAGUGUUUCCAGAGAGAUAAAUUCGAGAGUGUUCCCGGGUGUUCGGGAAGUGGUAAAAAAGGGUGGGAUUAUUGUGUUAUGGGUAAGCAAACUGCGAAUCCCCCUCCCCCGAGUCCGCCACCGCCGCAACCAAGUCCGCCACCGCCGCAACCAAGUCCGCCACCGCCGCAACCAAGUCCACCGCCACCAAGUCCGCCACCACCAAGUCCGCCACCGCCUCCCCCGAGUCCGCCGCCUCCAAGUCCGCCGCCUCCAAGUCCGCCGCCACCACAUAUUGCAGAUGUUGAUUCAAACAAUGAUAACGUCAUCGACAUGAUGGAGUUUCUAUCAUACUGCGAGGAAAGAACGAAGUUUUCCGAUGCGAAUGUGAUUUUCUCAGCGGAUCUCUGGUCUACUCUAGAUAAGGAUGAUGACGGCGAGUUGAACGCAGUUGAAUUUCAUAAUGCUGUCAAAGCCUUAGAUGAGGGUCACAUUUAUGGAGUCCCUUGGCUCGUCUUUCCUGCGGUCGCUACAAAAGAUAAAAGUGAGUUUUACGCUUUGGAUAGCCAAGAAAAUGGAGAAAAGCAUGCGUACAUGUCUGCAAUUCCUUCGUCAACCCCUUCUUUGCCUUUCACUCGCGAACAGUGGCAGUACUGGUACGGCAACAUGUCUGCGACUGCCCUUCGCGGGUUUUCUCUUGAUUAUCCGACUGACAUUUCACCGAGAUCGAAAUUGGCACUUCCUGGAAACAAUACUACGCCAGAAUCGCAAAAUUACGCCAUACCAGUCGUAACCUUCGCAAAGAAACACAAAUUUACUCUUCAGAAGCAUAUUAGCGAAUCUGAGCGCGUGAAUUUCAAUCAUGCGACCCAAGGCUUUAGCAACGAGUUGUUUCCUGGAGUCUCAAGUUCAAUAGAGCUCCAUGCCAUUGAGCAGUUUGAGGAUGUGGUCCAUACGUUCGAUGCAAAAGCGUCUGAGAAAGUGCUUGCAGCGAAGCAUUUAGGAACUAUUGGCGCAGAUAUUGAAGAUACCACUGCGGUCAAAGUCACCGGGAUGGUUCGCUUUCCCGGUGAGCGAACUCAAAAGUUUAUCUGCGGUUUGCAGUUUGCGACAAUUUCAGCUUACAAAGGAGUCAAAUGCGAUUUCGAUGAAACUGGAUGCAGUCCUAAUCAUUACAAAUACGAAACUGCGGCGGAAGAAUAUUCUGCAGAUGAACUCGGUCGCUUCGAUAUAGCAGUCACUCCAGGUGAAACUUGGGCAUUUAUCGCCACCUAUGAUGGUCACCGUAUAUGUUAUGGCGGGGAAAAUUUGGACGACUAUCCGUGCGAAUACUCAGAUACGAUGAAGCCAAUUAAGAUGCACGAAGACAUGAUUAGUACAAACAAUAUAAUUGAACUCGUUGGCAUAAUGGGAGGAGAAAAUUUGGUUUAUUUCGAUAUGACAGCGAGAACGGUUGAUAUUGGCUUGUACGCGGGAGCGUGCGGGAAUCCAUACACUGAGUACACUCUCAAAAUCACUCCUGCUAACGGUUGUGGUGCUACGAUGAUUAUCAGCGAUAAAGAAAUCGUCGGAGCGACGGGAUCUAGAUACGCAAGCGAUCAAUGGAAGCUUAUCGAUCCGGACGAUGAAUCAUCUAAUCUGAGAUUAUGGCCCUACGCGGCGAUGGAUUACUACAUUCAGUUGGAACAAGCUCCGGAUGUUUCAUCUCUGAACUUGAAAGCAAUUGAAGAAGUGAAUCCCGGUACCGACUGCAAGCCUCCGGGAACAAAUAUAAUGCAGUUUUUCAGAGAUCGGAACACUCUCGUGCAGACAAUGUUACUUUUGGAACGAACUCUGGGCGAAGUAAAAUACGUCUAUCACGGUUGGUUUUGUGCCACUCCUUUCUUUGGAAGAGCAGCAGAUAGCGCUCGAACGCCCUUUACAUCAGUUCGCGACGGUGAAAAAUGUAUUGGAACGGAUACGGCUGCAAAGGACUUAACGAUCAACCAUCUCGUGGGAACUUCUGAUCAGAACACUGACGUGAAAACGAAUAGUUUUUAUGCGCUCAAAAUCUUUGAGGCACACUUAACGAGCCCCAGCGAGAUAACGUAUUGUUCGAAGUUCAACCAAACAAUUAACGAUGCACAAACCCGUCUUGCCGUAACAGUUCAAUUUCAGCAGGAUGUUGGACCGCAAGGUUCAAAUCCGUGUCAUUCAAGUAACGAGCCGUCAAAGUUGUGUUCGUUCGGCUCAGUAAAUGAAACGGAUGGUUUACUGCUAUACGGCUCGGGUUCAUCUUCUUCGACGUAUGAAAUUUCUACCCAAGAUGCCGUUCCAAAUCUUGUGCCGCCUCACAGACGAAAAGUAUUGGCGAGAGUUCAAAGGAACGAUGGGUGGGCAGUCACGUCGCUUCCAAUUCAGAGAGAAUUGGUAACAAUUGCGACAAAAAUCCGCGGCGGCGGCGGUAACCCAGAAGAUCGAUACAUAUCAGACACAAAGUUUUACGCCACAGCGCCCAUCAAGGGUUUAGUGUACACAGUAGUGCACGAUCCGCCCGGUGGUAAUUCAUUCUCUUCUAUUUCAAAAGGAACAAAAAUAGAUUUGGAAUUAGGUUUGGUCACCACUCGGGCGGCUGAGAAAUCGAGCGAAUGGAAUUUUAAUGCUGGAGUCGAGGCUGAAUUUGAAAUGGGAGCUGGAAUUUCGGCAGGUUCUAGCUAUGUAAAUGGCGAAGUUGAAUUUGAUACAAAUGCCGCAACUAUUGAGGCAGGAGGUCAUGGUGGAUACGCCGUUGAAGGUCCAUCUGUGACGAUCAGUGCUGAAACCGACAACGGAUGGGACUUUCACAUGACUUUGGAUAGAAAUUUGGAAUCCUCACAAGAUCCAGGACUUCCCGGACGUCCAGGAGAUGUCAUUUUAGGUGGAGGAUUCGAAAUCGUGUACGUAAGAUCUGAUAAAGUCGAUCUGAGAUCUAACGCAGAGCAUAGCAAAGAAUGUUUGCAAGUGAUUGAAAUCAUCGAGUGGUAUCCGCGAAAACCUACGACGUACGUCAUGGCGGUAUUCUCGAUUGAGUAUAAAAUUUUACCAGAACUGAAAGAUUUGAUUUCAGUUACAGAGAAUUUAACAUCUAUUAUAAAAGAUACCGAUAAAGCUAUGGAUGGUAAAGAUGAUGCGUACAUCAGAGCCGCGUGGAAAUUACGUCUUCAGAAUGCGCUAGAUGACUGGAAACGAACGCUUGAAUGGUCCUCCCCAGAUUUUACUCCAGAAGGAUUCAAUGCUUUGUCGAAAGAAGAUAAAGAAACGACAGCAACGGAGAUUCAAACAAGAUUCGAUGAAAUGAGCUCGCCGUUCAAUUCAGACGAAUCAGUGUACGGUAAGAUUUCAAAACCUCUCAUCGAUGCUGCCUUCGGAGCGUACACCCAAGAGGAGGAUAGUAGUUAUGCUGCGAAAAAGGAUUGGGAUGAGUUGAGCGAAGUGUGGGAUUCAAUUCCGUCUGAUAACGCGCCUCUUCACGGAAUUCCCAAAGUGAGAAGAACGGAUGCCUUCAAAAAUGAUGGAGGUCAAGAAGCCAACGCAAAAGCAGCUAGCAUCGGAGCAGGUGUCGGGACGUAUUUGAUGCCCGGCGUCGGAACUUUGGUUGGUGCAAUCGCUGGAGGCGUGAUCGAUCGUAUGGCAAACCCAAAUCCAGAGGCAUACUUGGAUGAUACUGAGAAAAUUAUCGUCGAAGGUUCAGGCGAAGAGUCACACGACCCUGAUGGACGGUGGUUCCCGACGAAGAGCGAUAAGUGGUUGAGUUCGUACCAACCCGGUUCAACCGACGACGACGGUCGAAAUCUUUUUAACUCUAACGAAGAUGAUCCUGACAAGGACGAAGGUCUUUGGAGUCGCGGCAUGAGCACUUACGCUAAGGAAGAAAUGAACAAUACUUUUAAGAUCCCGUCCAGUAUGGAUGAAUUGUUUGAGGACAAGAAAGUUUCCUCAAUGGUUGAUGCAUCCGUUUUUGGUAGCGAAGCUCAAUUUGGGUUCACUGGUAGCCAUAACUCUGAUCCUACGAUUUCUAGAGGUGAAAAGCAAGACGUGUAUCUCUCGUUCUCUGGCGGUGGCCAUAACCUCGAGUUUUCUUCUUCCAUCGAGAGUAACAUCGACAGUUAUGGCUAUUCGUGGUCUAUGGAAGCCGAAGGAAGCGUAUCUGCUUCCGGAGAUUUUAGCGUUGCUUUAUCAGUGUUCGAAGCAGAAGCGGAGCUUGCAGACACUUACGGAAAAAGUGUCGGGCAAGAGAAAGCUAUGGCUUUUGCAAAAUACGGUGAAAUGGAAGUUACAUAUACUCUCGGUGACGGCGAUCCUUAUGAUAAAUUCGUGGUUCAUGUUUCUAGUGACAAACGGUUUGGAACCCCGGUCUUCAAAACCAUCGGCGGUGCAUCGAAAUGUCCGGGAGAGCCCAAUACGAUGUGGAGAGAAGGUGGCCUCAUCAUCGAAACGGAGUGGAGUGCCGGUGCAAACAAUGAUUUCAUUCCUCCUCAUCACAGAGCUUUGUUUGAUCUCGUGAUCACCAACGAAUCGCCGUACAGAGAGGGGCACAUCUAUGGAUUGCUGCUCACCUCGGGAGCACAGUACACCGGCGACUUUGGUGGAAACAUGAUGGAUUUGUCGUUCACCAUCAACGGCUUGGACUCUCUGGCUCCAUUCCACAGUUUGGUACCGUUACACGACGUGCCUUCGGUUGACUCCAACGGAGAUUUGAAGUAUACUCGUUUGUCCUUGAAUGUCAUGAAAGGACAAUUUGCUCAUACGUAUUUCUCGAUUGGCGUCCAAUUAGUGUCCGAGUGUGAGUGGGAAAUGUCGAGAGACUGGUUAUACAGAUCACCCAUUUCUUCCACGGCGUUCCUCGGCAAUUUUACAUGGGAGCGCGAGUGUCCAAAAGUUAACUGGGGUAAAACCACGUACAACAAUUACUUGAACACUGUGGUAUCCAAAGAAUCGUCGCCGUACAUCAACAUUACCCUAAUGAAUCCAGAUCCUAUGAACCUGUGGUCGAAAGAUGAGAAUAACGGUGCGACGGAUCAUUUGGUUCAUCCAAACGUUGAAUUCGUUCGAGUUCAGUGGAGAUCUCUCGGUGUUGGUGAGUGGAUUAAUUCCUGGGAUAUGGUUGGAACAGACUCUAAUAUUUGGAAGCGCGAUGUGGUAGACGCUGAUGCACAGUGCAAUUCGGCGCGCGGCGAAGGAUGCAAAUUCAAAUGGAAUCUUGAACGUCAAUACUUCUUGAAUGGUUUGAAGGAUGGAGCAUACGAAGUUCGAGCAAAAGUGUUUUGCUCAGGUUAUGACUCAUUUGCGACCACAGAAGUGAAAGGCUCCGUGACGGAAGAAAAUUUGAACGUCAAUGUUGAUGUGAGCAAACCUGAACCUAUUGAUUGGCGCCAGCGCCACAAUCGCUUCACAAUUGAUUACUCUGAGCCAAUUGUUUGCCCUCAGCUCCAAGCCGAUCACAUGGCGUACGCGAUAAAGCGUGUCAAGACAUGUGCAGGAACAAAUAUAAAUUCCGGAGAUGUCGAUAAGGACGACGUGUACUUUCAUUACAAAUUUGCGUGCGUAAACGAAAAUUCUCUCAUGAUUUCGUUUCCUUCUGACGCGACUGAGGGUACUUAUGAAAUCACGGUCAACGCAGAUAUGCUUGGAAGUAAAUUAGUUGACGCUGGGGAUAAUGCAGCUGCGAAGGAGACGUUUACGACAACGAUUGGAUGUGCCACUACUACUAGUGCUCAAACGGCACUCGGAUCUUCUUCUUCUCCAACCACUGCUGCUACUUCGUCAACGUCGUGGUCGCAGUCGUUCUGGAUAAAUACUGACUCAUCAGGAAACGCCUAUUUGAAACUGUAUAGUUUAUUUGCCACGGGCACGGCAUUCUUUGCUCUCUUCGCACUCAGACGUCGCGAACGUCGCCAGUUUUUAAAUGAAGGCAAUUAUUUUUCUCUUUUCCAAGGAGGCGAGCGUCAACAGCAAAUGGAAGGCACUGAAACAUCAUACUUGAUGGUACGAAAUGAGGCUCCGACAAAGGAGGAAAAUCUCCCCUCCCCGAGCGGCGUGGACGGAAAAUAUAUCGCAGGGAAGCAAACAAGUUAUGGAUCUGUGAUUUAG